UUUCGUCUAAUCCUCCGCGCGCAAUCGGCACCUCGGUCGCCCACCGACCCGCCUCGCCCGCGCCGAACCCGGUACUCGGAGGCGAUUACCGAUGCGCCAACCACUCCAUGUACGCGGACCGUGCCGUCGUCGCACAGACCUCUCCCGGGACGAUUACUUCCCGCCGCCGCCGCCGCCGCCGGCCGGGAUUUUCGGCGAUUAACGCGAUGGAUCAGUGUUGCGACCGUGUGAUCGAUUACCACACCGAUUGCCGGGGCACUCGACCUACAGUCGUCAGUGUGUCGCGUACACUCGCACUCUCGUCCGACGACUCGACUCCGGUUCACUAACGCUCAGUGGCUCACCUCUCGCUCGUCUCCCGUCGCGCGCCGCCAUCCCGCUGAGUGAUCCGUACGCGAAACGACCACCGGCACUACCGUUUUUUUGGGGGCAUCCGGUCGCCCUCGAAACCGCCCGUGCGUUCGCGCCCAUACGGUGUAUAGCAUAUGAAUAGAAAAAAAAAACCGUGGUAUACGUAAGGGCGCGGACACACCGUUGCAGCAUCGCCGUUGCCGCCGCCGCCGCUGUCGGGUUAGGCCGCGGUCGAACCGUGUUACCGCUUCACCGCGACGAGUGACGAUCGCGCGACAGCUGGCCACGCUUGACCACCGGACAAACGCAGUACGGCACCACAGCCACCAUGGUGGAAAUGCAGACGCCAAACAUUACUAGCCCUAAGUCCGAGACCAACCGGAUGAGGGCCACGUCCACGGUGAUGCCGAUGGCCAUCGGAUCGCCCACGGCUUCGGAGAUGAAACGGCGCCGGCGCCGUCGUUCCCGUCUCAUGUCCACCUCCUCGUCCGUGAUGUCGGCCGCGGCCGCCGGCAUCCCGGCCACCGAUAAACACAAAAUAUCAAACAAUGAGGCGCUCAUACAUAUGGUCAAAGCUACUGUAGGUGGUGGAUUUUUGGCCAUGCCCGAGGCUUUUCACAACGCAGGAGUAGUGACCGGUAUCGUGGGCACGGUAGUCAUAGGUCUAUCAGUGUUGAACAUGAUGUCGUUCAUAGUUCGGUGCUCGCAGACUUUGCGAUCCGGUAAAUACGCUGCCAUGAUCAUUGCCGAUCGAAACGGCAGGGACAGUACCGGCGCCAACGGUGAAGCGGAUAACGACGACGACAAUAAUUUCGAAAAAUUUGCGCAAAAGUACAGGAACUCCAAAGAUUUGGUCCUGGAUCCCAUGGACUAUCCUGAUACGGUGGCCGCCGUAUUCAAGUACGGUGCACGCGGCCGCUUCGCCUCGUGGUCCUCGUUCGCCAGAAACUUUACCAGCGCUUCAUUGGUGACAACUUAUUACGGAGUCAACAUCAUCUACGUGUGCAUCGUGGCCGGCACGUUAAAGCAGCUAAUCGACCAGUACACGUCCGGGGCGGCGGAAGACGCGUGGUACGGAUUGCUGCACGGACUGUCGAUCCGCUGGUAUCCGACCCUAGCCGGGCUACUGAUCAUCCCGGUGGGAAUGGUACGGCUGAUGAAGUACCUAGUGCCGUUCUCGAUAGCCGCCAACGCAUUCAUGUUGGCCGGAAUCGGAGCCGUAUUCUAUUUCAUUUUCAUCGGGGACGACCAGCAGAUCCCUUUGGCCCCCGAGGACCAGGCCAAGUUGGUAGUGUGGCCGCCGACUCGGUGGUCGCUGUUCGCGGGAAGUGCGCUAUGCUCUUUGGAGGGCGUCGGAAUGCUUUUGCACAUUGAAAACGCUAUGAGUCGACCUUUAGAACUCGCUGGACCUCCUUUCACCUUGCACCAGUCAAUGGUCGUCAUCAUGAUUUUAAACAGCGUACUGGGUCUCUGCGGUUAUUUAAAGUACGGAGACCUGUGCGAAGGCAGUAUAUCGCUCAACUUGCCGCGGAACAAUCGACUGUCGGAGGUCAUUAAAACGAUGAUCGCGUUGGGCAUAUUACUGACGUACGGACUUCAGCUGACCGUCACAGCCGACCUGGCGUGGCAGGGACUGCGCAAGAAGAUAUUCAACGUGCCGGAGGGGGAGCCCGGUGCGACGGACGAUGGGGACGACGAAGAGUGGUCGGCCAAAAUGACGGCGUACUACUAUGCAAUGCGGUUCGCCCUAAUACUCGGCACUAUAAUGGUGGCCACGGCCGUGCCGGAUAUCGGGCCGCUCGUGUCGCUGGUCGGUUCCGUUGGGUUCUCCGUGCUGGGGUUGAUCGUGCCCGUCGCCAUGGAGACCGUGUGGUACUAUUACCCGAAAGAGAACGGCGGUGACGAGGACCACGACGAUGGUGAUGGCGACCACGAUCAGCGGGGGAGCGGUCGGAGUAACGGCAGCAGAGCGGUGACCGCGGUGUCGGCAACGGUCGAGUGUGCAGUGGCGGCGGCGGUGGCAACUACGGCCGAGAAGAGGACACCGGCCGACCGACGCCGUUCGUUCCGCAGGAUCGUGAGAUACACCAAGAACGUGGUGAUUUUGAUAUUAGCCCUGUCCGCACUGGUAGGCGGCGCGUUUUACAAUGUCCGUGAUAUCGUCAAUCAGGCACUGAGAGACAGCUCGGACGUUAAGCCAGCUUUCUGAGGAUAUCGUUAGAUUUUUUUUUGUUUUUUUCUGUAACUAUAAAUUAUUAUAAUUGUAAUCCGAGCUCCUUAUACGUUUUCAUCAUAUUACAUGCCAAGUUGCGCAUUCGUAUUAUUCGAUAUUGAAUUUAUUUACGUGCGUAUCAAAUAGAUACUAUUAUUGUGGUAAUUUUUUUUAUUUUUUUCCCCUCCGAAAUGUCUACAGUAGAUACUGGUUUUCCGAGUAACUGCAGUGGAUUAUUCAAAAAAACAAUUCAGUGUAAUCGAUAAUAUAACGAAAUUGAUUAAUAUUUAGUUUCACUUUGUUGAUUGCGCACCAAUGAAUUGGUAUUGUUUGAUACGAUAUAAGUUAUUAAAUGUUGAUUUAGAAUCCUU